AUGCUGUGCUCAUCAUUUUCUGUCUCGAGGCUUGCAAUACCAGCUGUUUGUAUAUUGAUUGCGUUUCUCGCGUACACAUCGCAGAUCUUUUUCCUGUACUUCGAGGACGCACCGCUGAAAGAGGACGAAGUAUGGCGAAUCAACAUUCUUGCCAUAUGCAUUUGGAUUUGCUAUUAUCGCGCUUGCACAGUUGAUCCUGGUCAUGUGCCGAAAGGGUGGAUGCCAUCGGACCGUGAGCGGUUGAAGGCCGAUCGAGCUAGCGGUCGUCAACGAUGGUGUCGGAGGUGCGAAGCCUAUAAACCACCAAGAGCACAUCAUUGCAAGACAUGUGAAAGGUGUGUCCCGAAAAUGGACCAUCACUGCCCAUGGACCUCCAACUGUGUCUCACACUUUACCUUUCCGCAUUUCGCGCGAUUUCUGUUUUAUGCGGUAGUCGGUAUUGCGUAUCUCGAGACUCGUCUCUGGCAGCGUGUCUCCAAAGUUUGGGGGUCAAGGCACCUGCCCAGUUAUCUAGGACCUAGCAUGGGACAAAUCGGCCAUCUAUUCGUCCUAUUCGUCACCAACAGCUUGACCCUGUUUGCACUCUCUCUGCUUCUUCUGAGGACUCUCUGGUCGCUCGGGUCGAACACAACUACCAUCGAAUCGUGGGAAAUCGAACGACAUGAAACCCUGCUUCGACGCGCUCGGCGUCUCGGCGGCAGCUUGCCCGGGCCAGGGGGCAUCAGUGUGCAUAUAACGAAGCAGGAGUUUCCCUAUGAUAUAGGUAUCUGGUCUAAUAUCAGAGCUGGAAUGGGCGGAAGUGCCAAUGUGCUAAGCUGGUUUUGGCCGUUGGCAAGGACGCCUGACCGUAGCACGGGAUUAGAGUUCGAGGAGAACGGGUUCGAAGAUCCUACUGUUUCAUGGCCACCGCCAGAUCCAGAUCGCAUCCCUCUUCCACCCAUGGAUCAGCGAGAUAGUUUCAUGUACGACAUUACAGACACAAGCGGUACAAGCGGUCAAAUCGACAUUGAAGCUUUUAAUAGACGAAAGGAGGCAGACCUAAGACGUCGGAGAGCGCCGACUGAAAUUGAGCGCCGCAAGCCGUUUCAUGUACGGUUGGAGGAAUACUCAAAUGGCUCGUCUGAUGCCGAGGCUGAUACCGGAAGCGACGACGACUCCGACCACGGCGAAGAAGGUUGGAAGAACUCUGAAGGAGAACGGCUGCGUGAUUUCGGCGUUGACGAAGAGGCUGAGUUCUACGAUGAAGAGGAUAUCCCUUUGGCUUUGUUAAUACAGCAGCGAGCAAAGCGCCAGCACCUAUCACAAUGA